AUGGAUGCCCAAGAACUCCAACAAUACCUUGCUGAUGCACCUCCUAGUGUCGUGAGGCUUGAGAUAGAAAAACAUUUUGAUGCUUUAACUGAUCGCCAAAAAAGAUAUGCACAUUUCGCUAGCAGAGCCUCAUUUCAAGGUACCAGGGUUGUGGCGAGACAAAUCUCACCUGAGUCCGAACCAAUAUACGAUUUCAUAUUAGCCCUUCAUAAGAGCAGUGGUGGCGACUGGAAAGCACUACAGACCAAAGCUGGUAUAACAGAUGGGGACUUAGAUCACUUCUUACAAUAUGCUGCGCAGUUCUUGGGAAACAAUGGCAAUUACAAGAGUUUCGGUGACGCCAAAUUCAUCCCGAGAUGCUCCGAAUCCGUGUUCACUGCACUUGCGGCAACAUCCCCUAAUGCUCAGAAGUUUUAUAAUGCCACCUCUGGUGCUGUCUUCUCUGCUGAUAAACCUUCCUUGCUACACCUCGGCUACCCCGAAGAAGGGCAUUUGACCACUUACUAUCCUGGAUCGCCUGAUAUUACCAAAGUCGAAAUCGACGCCAUCUCAGCGUGGAUGGAGAAGAAAGGACUACUCCCAGAGAACACCCGUCUUGUCAAAAAUAAAGAUGGUUCAUUUGAUAUCCUGAUAGCCUCUGCCACUCGCACUGUUCCUAGUGAAGGCGGCGAUAUUGGAAAGGAGACUACAUUCAAAAUCGAAGACGGUGCAUUGGCCGGAAAGACGGUUAACCUGGUCUAUGGCGAUUACUCUGAAGAACUGGCCGCUGCCACGGCAAGUGCGAAGGGAGCGGCAGAAAAUGCGGAUAAUGAUGUUCAGAAGAAGAUGUACAAUGCCUAUGCAAAGUCCUUCGAGGAGGGAUCACUACUCGCCUUCAAGGAUAGCCAGAGGUUCUGGAUCCGAGACAAGGGCCCGAUGGUUGAGUCCAACAUCGGUUUUAUCGAGACGUACCGUGACCCUGCCGGUAUCCGAGCCGAGUGGGAAGGCUUUGCUGCUGUAGUCAACCUAGAACGCACCCGAGCUUUUGGGGCUCUUGUGGAAGCUGCCCCUGCUCUCAUUCCAAUUUUACCGUGGGAUAAGCAUUUUGAGAAAGACAAUUUUUUGUCUCCGGAUUUCACAUCACUUGAAGUCUUAACAUUUGCUGGUUCGGGAAUUCCAAUUGGAAUCAACAUCCCCAACUACGAUGAUAUUAGACAAACUGAAGGCUUCAAGAACGUGUCUCUCGGCAAUGUCAUGAGCGCGAAGGCACCGAACGAGAAGAUUCCGUUCAUUGCAGAGAAAGAUAUUGAUAUUUUUCAACGCUAUCGCGAUGGAUCCUUCGAGGUCCUAGUCGGUCUCCACGAACUCACAGGGCACGGUUGUGGUAAACUAUUACAAGAAACCGCACCGGGAGAAUUCAACUUCGAUAAAGAAAACCCUCCUAUCUCCCCCUUGACUGGCAAGCCUGUCACAACUUGGUACAAACCCGGCCAAACGUGGAGCUCCGUUUUCGGCAGCUUGUCCGGUUCAUAUGAGGAGUGCCGUGCAGAACUUGUCGCGAUGUACCUUGGCUGCGAAUUCCCCGUCUUGAAGAUCUUCGGAUUUGGGGACGGCUCAGUUGACAUUAACGGUGAGGCGGGUGAUGUGCUUUAUGCUUCCUAUCUCUCUAUGGCCCGAGGCGGUCUCACAUCACUUGAAAUGUGGGAUCCCAAGAGCAAAAAAUGGGGACAAGCUCACUCGCAAGCCCGGUUUUCCAUUCUCAAGUGCUUCCUGGAGGCCGGUGAAGAUUUCUGCAAACUAGAAUAUAAUGGAGAUGACCUAACUGGAUUGACGAUCAACUUAGAUCGCUCGAAGAUCCUUACGGCAGGCCGCAAAGCGGUCGGCGACUAUCUUCAGAAGUUGCACAUUUACAAAUCCACAGCUGAUGUCGAGAAUGGAACCAAGUUCUACACCGAGAUGACAAAUGUCGAUCCUAAAUUCUGGGGUAAGAAGGUUAGGAACGAAGUUCUGCGCAACAAGCAGCCUCGAAAGGUGUUCGUGCAAGCCAAUACCUACCUGGACGAGGCUACGGGUAAAGUUACACUGAAGCACUAUGACGCAACCCCUGAGGGAAUGAUACAGAGCUGGGCGGAACGAAACGUCUAA